AUCCACUUCAAUCAUCCAAGAUGAUUAACGACGACUGCCUCGAAGAAAUCUCAUUAUCGGAAACAUUUGCGCAUCCCCAGUUUAUGCCGCGAAAACCAAUGCCCUACGACAAAUACACCAUCCAAGUCAACCCACUCCCGGCAAAUCUUACCCCAUCUCAGCGGUUGAAACUCCGCAAGCUAAACAUAAACCACACCAUAUCCUCCCAGUUUAACUCACUUCCUCGCCAGCUGGUUUAUGUUGACACUAAAGACGAACUAAUAGAUCCCAUGGAUAGUCUUUUCAAUAUCCCCUGCCCUCGUUUCCUGACAUGCACCGCAUCGACAACAUCCACAGCAGCAUCAAGUGUAUUCAGUUCCAGUGAGAGUCUUUCCUCAGAUGACUGGGGAGAAGCAGACAACAUGCAACUAGAGCUUGCAUUCAAAUCAGAAUCGGCGAGAAUAUGCGAUGAGUUCCUUGAACAUAGCAAGAUCCUUGCUGAUUUCAAAAAGGUCAAUGUUUCCAUGCCAGCCUUGUCGAAACCAAGUUGCUCCUUACCUAGGCUUCCUCCUAAGUCGCCUUCAUUGCCCGAGAUACCGACCCGCCCUACACCUCCACAACAAACCAGAUACCAAACUUAUACACGCCCUACAUGGCUUCCCCCUAAAUCUACUCAUGAUAAACUUAAACACCAGCACCAGGCCGGAAAUCUCAUAAACCAUGCUAUUUCGGCUGAAGCCAAACUCCAACAGCGGAGAUUGAAAACCAUUGCCAAGUUGAACAAACAACGACAGAAAGAUAUUAUAUCAACCUGGGUUCCAUAUUUGGAAGCCAAGCUGACUUUGGACACUCAGUUGAAGAACAUUGACGAGUGCAUUUGGCGUGGUGUUGAUGAGGAAGUUAGAGCCAAAGUAUGGUGGAAGUCCCAACAACUUAAAAAGUCACAAUAUAAUGACACUUUCUGCGAUUAUUACUUUCACGAAGUUGGGUUGAUCCACGAUAGGAUUAUCCAAUCGCAACGUUUACAGCAUGAGGUUGAUAUGUGUCAACGAAAUCCAAACCAUCAGAAACUGAUACAACGACUUCUGAAGUUGAACCAUGGCCUCAAGACAGAACUCAACUGCAGUAUCCACAACUAUACCCUUACACAAUGGACUACCAUCUUCCAAACCAUCUCCAAGAAAUUGGAACACCUUUACCCCGAGAUACACCUCCCUAUUGACAAAGUUACCCAGGUCAUUGUUGCCUUCAUGCUUUAUUGGCACCAUCAAACUAGCUGUGACCUUUCCACCCUCGCUGCCAUUUCUGGCUUACCCAACUUGGCAGCAAUUUUGCAUCGAACGUACAAGGGCAGCAUGUACAAAACAUUAAUUACUCUUUGUCACAUCUUCCAAAUGAAGUUACCCAACAUGAUGUUGUCCUAUCUUACGGCUGCACCAGAAAAUCAACCAAUAAUCGCCAGCUCGAUAUCAGACUACAUCCAUUAUGAAUAUGAGUUGACAUUCAAGGACCAGUUGGAUCGGGUGUAUACUCAUUUCAAAGUCCGGAAUGUUGAACCAUUAGCAUACUUGCCCACCUUGGUGGCAGGUCUAUGCACCAAUUUGUUUUCAUUUGACUUGUCGAGCCACAUCCUUGAUAUCGUCUUGCUUAGUGAAAACAAUGAACAAUUCAUAAUCCAAUUGGUUCUCGGAUACAUGAAGAAAAUCCAGCAUAAAUUAUUUGGAACAGACCAAGAGAUUUUGCAUACUUUACUUGGUGAUAAUGGAGUUAACGUCGGUUACGAAUAUGAAUUUAUAGAUACGAUUAAAAUGAUUAAAUAAACAUUUUUCUGCACUUUAUAUAAUUAUACAUUAUUGAACAUCAGUAAUGGCUUUUAAAAGGUCACUUCCAUCAGCAGGGGUCUUGACUUUAACCACAAACGUCACAAACUUACCAGCAGCAUCAACGGUAGGAAUUCUAACCAAGGAUCCAUUACCCAUGCUCUCAUACUUGAUACCCUUGGCAAUAGCAGUGUUUAACAACACACGUAAUCCACCAUCUGCACGUAUUAAAAUUCUUGACUUUUGAGUUUCCUUGUGUUUCAACACUUUCAAGUCUCCCACACCUUUGUUGAUAUAUGGGUUUUCAGUGUUGGAGGUGUCCAACUCCAUCAACUUACAUCUCUUGGUGUAAAGGGCUAUUUCAUCCUCUUCACCAGUGGAAACGUGCUCCAUCUUUUCAGAUGAUAAUUGAGCAACUGGCGUGAAAUCUCCCCCGGUUUCUUCUUCAGGAACUUUAUCAUCGUCACCUCCUUCAGUUGCUGUACCUGCAGAUGAACUGGUGGUUGCUGCUGCUGCUGCUGCUGCUCCUCCAAAUGGACUGCCGUUUUUAGAUGGGUUAAAGGCAAAGUUAAACAAUGGCUUCUGAGUGGUUUCGCUAGAUUCCUGUUUGUCCUCGGUAGGUUUAGCAAAUGCAGAACUAGCACCUCCGAAAUUGAAUUUUGGAGCUUCACCACCAAAAGAGACAGCUGGCUUAGCACCGAAUGAAAACGCUGCUGGCUUUUCUUCCUUAUUCUCGGUGGUUGAUCCAAACAAUGGUUUAGCUUCGCUCAGGGAUCCAAAUGAAAAUGCAGCAGCCUUGUUGUCUUUAGUUUCACUAGGUGCGGCAGACGUUGAGCCAAACAAAAAUGCUGGUUUGUCAGCUGGUUUGUCAUUAGCAGCAGGUGCAGAUGAACCAAAUGAAAACGGCUUAGCUUCACUGUUUGGCUUGAAUGAAAAUGAAGGUUUAUCUGUGGUUUGACUUGAUCCGAAUGAAAGUCCUGGCUUAUCUUCCUUCUUUUCUGAUGGAGUGAAUGAGAAAGCAGGUUUGUCAUCUUUCUUUUCGGAAGUUUGUCCAAAUGCAAAUGCCGGCUUGUCGUCCUUCUUUUCGGCAGUUUGUCCAAAUGAGAAUGCCGGUUUGUCGUCCUUCUUUUCGGCAGUUUGUCCAAAUGUAAAUGCUGGUUUAUCAUCACUCUUUUGUGCACUAGAUCCGAAUGAGAAAGCAGGUUUAUCAUUUGCCGGUUCAGGUUUGGAAGGUGCAACUUCUUUGUUUGCAGUUGCGCCAAAUGAGAAAGCGGGCUUCUCCUUGUCAGCAUUGUCAGACUUUCCUAAUUUGAACACACUAUCUACAAUAGGCUUAUUAAAUUGGAAAGUAGGACCCUUAAUGACAACUUCAUCGUCGGAAUCAUCGGAAUCAGGAGCAUUGAUUUUGGCCAACUUCUUUGGAUCGAAAGUAAAUGGAGAAUUCUUAGUUGAGGGUUUGGCACUCAAUGUGAAUUGAGGACCUUGUACCUUGAUUUCAGGCUUGGAUGUCUCCAUAUUGUCGUCUU